GAGUCAGUAGUAUCUGCGUUGAAGAAAAGCUGCUCUCCCACACUGGCUGCUAUGACCUAGCUACCGGAGGACACUUUCUGCUCUCAGGACUGACCGCUGCGUCUCAAAUAGUUUGUUGUAGCGUUUUUUUGGCAACCAUUCCUUCAACAUACAGUCGUUUAUGGUUGCAUUGCUGCGACUUUUUAAUCGUAGCUGCUAGCCUCUGGGGCUAGCAGAGCAGUGACAGAGAGGAACCAGCUGGUCAGGAGUACAGUAACGUUAGCAACAAGCUAAUUAGCCUGGAUUACUGUCUUUAAUCACAGAGAGUGUGCGGGUUUACUCACUGCGGCAAAAUGAAGAUAACUGUGGAAUUCGAGGAAUGUUUGAAGGACUCUCCACGGUUCAGAGCGACCAUAGAGGAAGUGGAGGGGGAUGUGUGUGAGUUGGAAUCCAAGCUCGACAAAUUGGUGAAGUUGUGCAUUGGGAUGAUUGACGCCGGAAAAGCCUACAAUGCAGCCAACAGGCAGUUUGUCAACGGGAUCCGGGAGCUAGCCCAGCAGUCCACCAAAGAUGAGGUCAUAGAGUCGAGUCUCACAAAGUUUGCUGAAAGCCUGCAGGAGAUGAUCAACUAUCACACGAUAUUAUUCGAUCAGGCCCAGAGAUCAAUCAAGAUCCAGCUACAGACAUUUAUCAAAGAUGACCUACGUAAAUUUAAAGAAGCCAAGAAGCAAUUCGAUAAAGUGAGCGAGGAAAAGGAGGCGGCGCUGAUCAAGAACGCUCAGGCUCCCCGCAACAAGCAGCAUGAGGUGGAGGAGGCCACCAACAUCCUCACCGCCACGCGCAAGUGCUUCCGACACAUCGUCCUCGACUACGUCUUACAGAUCAACGUGCUACAAUCAAAAAGAAGAUCAGAAAUCCUGAAAUCAAUGUUGUCCUUUAUGUAUGCCCACCUGACGUUCUUCCAUCAAGGAUAUGACCUCUUCAGUGAACUACAACCUCUGAUGAAACAGCUUGGAGGACAGUUGGACCAGCUGGUGGUGGAUGCUGCCAAAGAGAAGAGGGACAUGGAGCAGAAACACUCCACCAUCCAGCAAAAGGACUUCUCGAAUGACGACACCAAACUGGAGUACAAUGUGGAUGCAGAUAACGGCAUCGCAAUGGAGGGCUAUCUGUUUAAGAGGGCCAGCAAUGCCUUUAAGACGUGGAAUAGGCGUUGGUUCUCCAUCCAGAACAAUCAGCUAGUUUACCAGAAGAAAUUUAAGGACAACCCCACAGUGGUGGUAGAAGACCUGAGGCUCUGCACCGUCAAACACUGUGAGGACGUGGAGCGGCGCUUCUGUUUCGAAGUGGUGUCGCCCACCAAGAGCUGUAUGAUGCAGGCAGACUCGGAGAAGCUGCGUCAGGCCUGGAUCAAAGCCGUCCAGAACAGCAUCGCCACCGCCUUCCGUGACAAGGGAGACGAAGGCGAGAAGCUGGACAGGAAGUCUUCCACGUCAACAGGAAGCCUGGACUCUGGUGGGGAGCCGAAGGAGAGACCACUGAAAGGAGAGAGCGCCCUGCAGAAGGUCCUAGUGAUCCCGGGGAACACCUGCUGCUGCGACUGCGGCCAGCCGGACCCCCGCUGGGCCAGCAUCAACCUGGGCAUCACCCUCUGCAUCCAGUGCUCCGGUAUCCACAGGAGUCUGGGAGUGCAUUUCUCUAAGGUGCGAUCUCUGACUUUGGACACAUGGGAGCCAGAACUUCUAAAGUUGAUGUGUGAACUGGGAAACGGAGCGAUCAAUCAGAUCUAUGAGGCUCGACGAGAGGAGCUGGCAGCCAGGAAACCCCAGCCCGGAGAUCCAAGGCACGAGGUCGAGGCCUACAUCAAAGCCAAAUACGUGGACCGCCGGUUUGUUCGCCUGCCGUCGGACGAGGAGCUUCGCAACAAAGUGGUUUCUCUGAGCAAACAGGAGAAGAGGCUGAGCAGCAGCUCUGAGCAUCUGCCCCCGAGACCACCACCCCCCACCCCAAAACUGAGAGCUGGUCAAGCAGCUGUUGCCCGCGGCUCGGAGGCCCGCCGCGACUCUCUCUUCUGUGCUGACGAGCUUCACUCGCUCUUCUCCUACUUUGACAACUCUGCCAAGCUCAGGAGCAUAAAAAGUGCAGACAGCGGCAUCCAGAACAGCGCUGAUGGGAGCCGAGAGAUGCUGGCCAACACCCCGUCCAAUAACAGCCUGACAGACGCAGACGCUGCAGAGCCUCCGGCCAUGGCAAUGCCUGCCACCCUGCCCCCCCCCUCCCCCUGUAAGGAGAUGGUGUUCUACGAGCCGAAGGAGUACAGCUCCGGUCUGCAGCUCUACUGGGCCGCCUGCGCCCGCUCUCUGCCCGACAUGUCGGAGGCUCUGGCCCACGGAGCCGAGGUCAACUGGGUCAACACGGAGGACGACAAGAGGACGCCGCUCAUCAUGGCCGUGCAUGGGGGUUCGCUGGUCACCUGUGAGUUCCUGCUCCAGAAUGCAGGUAAUGUGAACCAGCAGGACGCUCAGGGCCGAGCGCCGCUGCACCACGCCACCCUGCUGGGACACACAGGGCAAGUGUGUUUAUUCUUAAAAAGAGGAGCAAAUCAAAAUGCUGCGGACAUUGAUGAGAAAACUCCCCUGACGAUAGCGGUGGAAGCGGCCAACGCAGACAUCGUCACACUGUUGCGACUGGCCAAGAUGAACGAGGAGAUGCGAGAGGCGGAGGGGCCCUACAGCCAGUCAGGAGAUGCAACCUACCAAGACAUUUUCCAGGAUUUCACCCACAUGGCUUCCAACGAUCCGGACAAGCUAAACCGCUACCAGCAGUACGACCCACAAAAACCCUGACACGGCAGAAACUCCGUCCACUAGCACUCAGAGACCGUGUGCUAAACCCCGGAGAGACUUGAGGAGGUCAGGAAACACGACGUCCACCCCCCCCCCCCCGACAACCUCUAUCAGCGUUAGAGCCGGUCAGUGCUGCCACAGCUGGACUCCUGUCACAUGUAACGUGUCGUCAAUCGUGAACAGCAAACCUCACUUUUUCUUUCUUUUUUUAAACUGUUCUGUCCAGUACUUUUUAUUAUUGGAAGGAUUUGCAAAGUCGUAACAAAUCAAAGUGAUAAUUGAACUGAAUGUAGAGCUGCCAUUACGGCUGUCACUUAUUUUCAUCUUUUAUAUCACUGACAAGAGAUUUCCAAAGGCAUUUUCUUAAAAAAACAGGUGUGCUGCAUCCGAGUUGUAAAGAGGUGAGUGCAUUGAAAAUGCUCCAUUUAUAUUUGUAAGUGCUUCCUCUUCUUAAUAAGAUUUGUUUUAUGAUAGUAAGCAUCCUUUUUAUAUCAAAGUGUUGCUUCAGUGAACUCUCAGCAGCGUAUCCAUGGCAAUAUGCUUUUACUUAUUUGCACAAAUCCCUGUCUGAAAUCGCCACUGAUGUUUACCAGUUUUGAUGGUAAGACUUUGACAUGUUAAACAAUGUACAGUGAUUAUUCAAGUAAACAUGUUUUUAAUGCCUGCAAUUUUAAAUAUAUAUUAGUUUUUUUACUUUUAAAUGCUAGAUCUCUUUCCUCUGAAUGAUUUUCAUUUCUCAUCUCAAGAGAGGUAAUCAGCCUUGAAGUGUCCUGAUUCAUGUCGGUUAAAAAUAGCUCGUUGAGAUUAUGGUAAUUUGUAGAUUCAGUCUCUUCUGAUUUUUGCUGAUUUUCAAAAGUUAAGAUGUAGUUGUAAAAUCAAAGUGCUCUACAAUAAUCUGAAUGUAUAGAUUCGAUUGCAGCUAUUGUAUGCCAGUUGAUUUGCCAGGACUGUGUCAUGUGGUGGUAAUUAUGGAGAAAUGUGAUUUUCCCUGAAAGAAGAACCCAAGUUAAUGCUCAGUUUAAUAUGGAAACUUAGGUAAAACGCAGUGGCUUCAUACUACACAAAGCCACCGGUGAAUCUCUUUACAGUGCAGGAGCUCACGCUGUUUUGAUACAGGAGUCAAAAUAACAUCAUACAACUAUACAAAAUACUGAAAAGAUAGAUAAUAGCUGACUAUAAAUGCAUUGAAUAGCUGUUGCUGAAAGAUUCUGAGCAUAAAUGACGUAAAAAUGUGAGUUUAAUUUCAUAAACUAAGUUUUCCAUUUAAUGUUCAUGUUCAUCUGACCUGCUGUGCACUUAUUAAGACCUCUUGUUAUGCAGGACGAAGAUUGAAAUGAAUGUAUUGGAUAAUUAAACACUGUCUCUGUUUCCCUAUAAUGCCAGCUACUAACCUUUCAAGUAAACGUCAAAGGAAGUUCAUUUGGAAACUAUAGAGCUGUCAAGUGUUGCAGAAAACCUUUUGACAGUCUGUGAAACGUCCAGUAAUAUACGCACACACAAGAUGGAUGACCUGUAGUUGUAGAGUCGCUGUCAUUUCAUGUGAUGAGUUGUUCCAAAGCACUUCACUUCACUUAACAAAUGUUUGAUUUAGUUCAGACAUCAGACGACUGCACUGAAAUUCUCCAAUCCAGAAAUGAAUCCUGCAAAUUCCCUGAUGGACGUUAUGUGUACUGUAGGAUUUGUGUUCCCUCUAAAACUGUACAGUCCUCUCUUCUUUGACAUUAAUAGUGUUUAGUGAAAUAUGAUUUUCUUUUAGCAUGCAGCAUGGGAUACAAUUCUUGUACAUUUUGUACAGAUGCUUUUGAAUUCUCUAGAGAACUGAAGUAUAAAGGUAGUGGUACUUGAAUCAUUAAAUACGCUUUUGUAAAUGCGGUUCUUUGUAUUUACAUUUAGCCACUUUUAUAUUGCCUGUGUGUGUACCAGUAUACAUCAUGUACUGUAUAUUCUACCUGUAAUAUGUAAGAACUUCAAUACAAAUGGACUGAGAAUUCAUCACCAAAUGUUGA